AGAGAAAAAGUGAGUCGGGCUUGUUUGUACAGGAAGAGGACGGUAGAAAGCAAAACCCAUGCAACCAAUUAACCUAAACAUCAAACAAUAACUACUCAGUAAUCACAGAUCUCCGCUACUUUUGUCUACACAGACUACACCUUAAGCUACUUACUCUCCAGCCCCCUCUAUUCAUAUAUGCAUAUAUAAUCCCUUAUUAUAUAUGCAUAUGUGUUUGUAUUUGUAUAGUUGAGUCUGGAAUGGUUGAAGAUGGGUCGCGAUGUGGUGCCUGUGGAUCCAUCACAGCCUGCUGUUGGGCUCAAGAAAACCAAAGCUCGGGGCUGGAUUCGCUUGGAUUCUUCGGGCCAGGACACGAUUCUAGAUGUUGAUAAGUAUGCUAUUAUGCAUAGAGUUCAUAUUCAUGCGAGAGAUCUUCGUAUUCUUGAUCCCCUUUUGUCUUACCCUUCUACUAUUCUGGGUCGUGAGAAUGCUAUUGUUGUUAAUCUUGAGCAUAUUAAAGCUAUUAUUACUGCGGAGGAGGUUUUACUUCGAGAUCCAUCUGACGAUAACGUCAUCCCUGUCGUUGAAGAAUUACGGAGGCGGUUGCCUUUACUAAACAAUACGCGGGAAGAUCAUGGAGAAGGAAAGGAGUUGGGGGGGCAGAAUGAUGGGGAAGCAGGUGAAGAAGAUGAAUCUCCUUUUGAAUUCCGGGCCCUUGAAGUUGCUUUGGAAGCCAUAUGUAGUUUUCUAGCUGCCCGAACAACUGAACUGGAGACUUCUGCUUAUCCUGCCUUGGAUGAGCUUACGUCUAAGAUUAGCAGCCGUAACUUGGACAGAGUUCGUAAAUUGAAGAGUGGAAUGACAAGGUUGACUGCUCGUGUUCAAAAGGUGAGGGAUGAACUUGAACAACUAUUGGAUGAUGACGAUGAUAUGGCUGAUCUUUAUUUGUCCCGAAAGUUGUCUAGUGCAUCCCCUUUGAGCGGCUCAGCGGCUGCAAGUUGGUUUAUUUCUUCUCCUAACAUAAGCUCAAAAAUAUCUAGAGCUAGUAGGGCAAGCAUGGCAACUAUACGUGGAGAUGAAAAUGAUGUUGAGGAGCUUGAGAUGUUACUUGAGGCUUACUUUAUGCAAAUUGAUGGGACAUUAAACAAACUGACGACGCUGCGCGAGUAUAUUGAUGAUACAGAAGAUUAUAUCAACAUCCAGCUUGACAAUCAUCGUAAUCAGCUGAUCCAGCUAGAACUCUUUUUAAGUUCAGGUACUGUCUGUUUGUCGAUAUAUUCCUUGGUGGCUGCAAUAUUUGGCAUGAAUAUCCCAUAUACUUGGAACGAUAAUCAUGGUUAUAUGUUCAAAUGGGUAGUCAGUUUAUCAGGGAUUGCUUCAGCAGUACUUUUCCUACUUAUAAUAUCAUACGCCCGCCUCAAAGGUUUAGUUGGAUCUUAAACAAUAAAAUCGAGCAGAGGAUAUAACAAUGAGCAGAAUUUCAGUCGGUGACAUUCCACUCCUGACUUUCAACAGAAUGAAGAUACUGCUAAAAUUUAAUUAAUAUUGUUUAGAUCAAUGAUACAUUACCUUAUGCAGGUUCAAGAUAGACUGAAAAAUUGAUAUGCAAGGAAGAGUUUUGAAAUCCUUGCAAGUCUUUUCUACAACAGAUUAGCACAUUUAUCUUUAAUGAUACACCUUAAUUUAUUAUUGGACA